CUGAUGCAUGUUUCUGUUGUCGGUGCCGCCAGAUCCUCCUUCGCUCAUCAAUGUGGCUCGAGCGUGUCUGAUAGAUCAAGAUCAGUACAGCAUGGCGUCCGGUGAACCUAAAGCUAAGAAAAUUAAACUAGAGGAAAUAAAGCUCAGUCAAAAUGCCCUUUUUGGGAUGGGAAACCCCUUGCUUGACAUCAGUGCUGUGGUGGACAAAGACUUUCUAGACAAGUAUGGACUCAAGUCAAAUGAUCAGAUUUUAGCAGAGGACAAGCACAAGGCAAUGUUUGAAGAGAUCAUCAAGAAAUUCAAUGUUGAAUACCACGCUGGAGGUGCCACUCAGAACUCGGUGAAAAUCGCACAGUGGAUGAUCCAAGAGCCACACAAAGUGGGCACCUUCUUCGGCUGCAUCGGCAAGGAUAAGUUCGGGAGGAUCCUGAAAGAGAAAGCAAAGGAAGCCCACGUGGACGCCCACUACUACGAACAGAACGAAGAGCCCACGGGAACUUGCGCUGCCUGCAUCACUGGCGACAACAGGUCUCUUGUUGCACAUCUUGCAGCUGCUAAUUGUUACAAAAAAGAGAAACAUCUCGACCUGGAGGAGAACUGGAAGCUUGUCGAAAAAGCUAAAGUUUACUACAUUGCUGGUUUUUUCCUGACUGUGUCCGUUGAAUCCAUCCUGAAGGUGGCCAAACACGCCUCUGAAAACAACAAGAUCUUCUGCUUAAAUCUGUCAGCUCCCUUCAUAUGCGAGUUCUUCAAGGAUGCCCUGAUGAAGGUUAUGCCUUAUGUGGACAUCCUUUUCGGCAAUGAGAUGGAGGCCAUGGCGUUUGCGCGAGAACAGGGCUUCGAGACGGAAAAGCUUGAGGAGAUUGCGGAGAAGGCCCAGAGCUUACCCAAGGAGAACAAGAAAAGGCAAAGAAUUGUUGUCUUUACCCAGGGCAAAGAAGGGACCGUAAUGACCAAAGAUGACAAGGUGGAGAUAUUCCCUGUCCUGGAGAUCGACCAUAGCAAAAUAGUGGACACUAAUGGUGCCGGAGACGCUUUUGUUGGAGGUUUCCUGUCGCAGCUGGUACAGGAUAAGACCUUUGAGCAGUGCAUCCGUGCUGGACACUACGCCGCUAACGUCAUCAUUCAACGGGCGGGUUGCACAUUCCCAGAAAAGCCUGACUUCCACUGAUGGGCCGCUCGGAGACCAGGAGAUUUAGCCACACGAGUGUUUUGUAGGACUUAUGCCUUUUUUUAAUUGACUUUUUAUCUUCCUGUUACUCUUGUUCAACGACUGCAUUCUUCUGUGCCUGUGUUUUUUUUUAACAGUCCCGCAUCCUAAUGCGAUAAUGGAGACAUAUUUCACUUUGAAAACUGUUUACAAAGAAAGUAUUCCUUUGUUGCAAAUAUUGAUUUGUUUUUAAAAACCCAUUUUAGUAUUGCUCUCCUUUGUAAUGUGAGAGUGGUGAUCAUAAUAACCAGCAUCUCUCCAGGUAUAUUUGAUGGAUUAGCAAAAUUACCUUCAUGAUAUAACGAUACUGCUGUAAGACACAGAGAAAAUGCUGUAAUGUACACCUUUAACAUUACACGGAUGUGUGUGAAUCACUUUAUCAAACUCAAAGGAAUUAGCCUGGCCAGUAUUGCAGUGUAAACCAAAUGUAUUUGUUAAAUCCACACUUGAAUGUGUCUUGAUCAAUAAAACCUGUUGCGUCAGUGUUACAUGAUUAAGCAUGCAGACUUUUUUAAUACAAUACCUCUGCCAAAAAAAUAAAGGCUGUAUUCCUGCUGUA